AUGGCGAUUCUCGACGCCGUCAUUCCUCACCUCGUGCACCUCGUUGCUCGCGCCGCCGACGGCGACACCAACGACGACAGCGGACCCGGCAACAAGAGUCCGGAGCAAUUCGCGAGCCAGGGCCGAUACAACUAUGCGCCAUCCUUCGCCGCGGCGGUGAUCUUUCUGAUCCUUUUCAGCGCCGUCCUGGCGGCGAAUGUGGUGCAGUUCAUCUGGCACCGAGCCUGGUUCUGGUGGGUGAUGAUAUUCGCGGUAUCAUUGGAAUUUGUCGGCUACCUGACGCGAGCCAUGUCGAUCAAGGACCUCGACAGCCGGGGCCUGUUCAUCAUCCAGACGGUCGUCAUCCUCGUGGCGCCGGCCGUCAUGGCCGCGGCGUGCUACAUGGCGUUCGGCCGGAUCGUGCUGUGGGUGGUGCCGCCGCGGUUCCAGACGGCGCGCCACCUCUGGGUGCCGGCGCGGCGCAUCACGCCCGUCUUCGUCGGGUCGGAUGUCUUCAGCUUCUUCGUCCAGGUGAUCGGGGGCGCGAUGGUCGCGGCGGCCAACACCGCGGCCAGCGCGAACCGGGGCAAGAACAUCGUCAUGGUCGGCCUGGCGCUGCAACUCGCGGCGUUUGGAUUCUUCGUCGUCGCGAGUCUGCGGCUCAACGUGCUCCUGCGCCGCGGCAUGCGCGACGUGGCCCUGCCCAAGGAGCGCAACUGGGAGCUGUUCCUGACCGCCAUCAACGUGGCCAACGUGUUGAUCCUGAUUCGGACGAUUUUGCGCUUCGUCGAGUUCGCCAUGGGCACCACCAACUACCUCAUCGACCACGAGUGGUUCUUCUACGCCUUUGAUUCCGCGCUCAUGCUCCUGGUCGCCGUGCUGUUCGUCGUCAUCCACCCGGGCCAUUACUUGCCGUAUCUGGGCAUUCGGCGGCGCGAGCAGCAGUUUUCACGCAACGCCGACGCGGGCCCGUUUGCCAAUCUUGCAAAGGGCCGCAUGAACGUGCAAUUGACGUGA